AUGCCAAUUAAGAAAAGACCAAGGUCGGGAGAUGGUAAAGCAUCCGGUUCAUUUAAGAAGCCUAAGAAAACCUAUCAGGUAAAUGAACAAUUUACAUCUCAGGAUAUAUGGAAAAGUUUAGAUAGAAUACGAAAAACACAUAAUAAUGUCGAUUCAAUAAUUCCUAAUAGUUCGCUAUUUGUUGUGUUCUAUCCAUCAUUCAGUAAACAAGAGGUUGAAAGCUGUGUUUCUGCUUUAUUUGAGUAUAUCGAUUCUAGCAAAGUCAAAAUCCAUGAGGUUAAAAAUAAAGAUAACAUCAGAUUCAUCUCAAUUACAAACUUCAGUAUACUUGAUUGUUCACUGAUACUGACUGUGUUGUUCAUCUUUAAAAACAAAAAAUGGGUAGCUCCAAAUAAUUAUGAUUAUUUUCAAACGUUGAAAGAUAUCAAUAUUAAUGGUUCGUUUUAUAUCCCAAAUUCAACGUUAUAUCAAAGUGAAGAAGUAAUUGAUCCAAAACUUAGAAAAUCAUCCACUCCAUUUGUAAAAUCAAUUAUACCGAGGUAUCAAAGCAUGGCGGACUUCAUCGAAUGUAGUAUAUCAAGUACUGAUCAGAAAAGUGUUAGUUCAUUCAUUAAUGAAGUGACAACAUUCUUCUCCAGAUUGAAAUAUAGCAAAAAAGUGGUUACUUCACGUCAAUUCAAAGAAUCUUUAGAGCAACAUCUCCAGAAAUUUGAAUUGCAAAUUACUGAAAUGUUUUUAAAGCCUUUCCAAUUAUUCGAUACAGAAAGUGUGACUAAUAAUAAUAGUGCAUUAAUAGAAUCUUCUAAAAAUAACCUUUCAAAAUAUAUCGAAAAUUUAAAGAAUUAUAAUGAAAACACUGCUAUAACAAAAAGAGAAGAAACCGCCAGCCAAGUAUCCACGACGAAACGAACAGCUAAAAAACAGUUGAUGACUAACAAUUUUGAUCAAUCAAAGAGAAAUUAUACUGCUGCCUCAACAGUUACUACUACGAUAGCUACGAAUACUACCACUUCUAUUACUACCACGACUAAAAACCCAGUUUCUCGAUAUUCUAAUAAUGAAUACUCUCCUGCCAAUAACACAACGAAAAAUACUACUCAAGGGGAUCAAACUUCGUCACAUAGACCAAAUUUUAUGACACAGGAGGAAAUCAAAGACCACUGUUUAGCAACCAUCAAAGCAUCUAUCGAUCUAGUUAAAUCUAAGUCACCUUAUCAAAUUCUAAGGGCAUAUGUUAAAUGCCCCAGACAAAAUUACAUCGAUCUAAUUUAUCAACAUUUAAAUGAAUUAAGAUCAUCUACAAAUUGCAACAUCGUGAUUUUACAUCUAAACAAUUUACAUGAAGCACAACCUUGGUUUAAUUCCUUGGAUAUUUCAAAAUAUACAAAUUUUUCUCAACAACCACAUCAAACAACAGUCAGAAUUAUAAGUAUCGGUGGUGUGGGUGAACAUAUACUAAAUGCAUUAGAUCAAAUAUCAAAUAUUCUAAAUUAA